CUAUGCGCCAUCUUGCAGACUUGCCUUAGUACAUAGUGGGUUGGGUUUGUACAGAGUUAUAUGGUUCAAAGUUGAGGAAGCGUUUAGAAUAUCUUUGUAGUUGUUGUUUAUUAAGUUUGUGUGUGUGAGUGUGAACAUUCCUUCAGACUCAGAAACAUGAUAAUAUCAAUAAAUAAAAUGGGAUCUGUACUACAGUGUUUUUUGUUAAGUGUGUUAUUUUUAGGAUUUACAAACAUCUUUUCUACUGUAGCGGCGAACUCCAUCUCAGUGAACUAUGAUGCUGAUUCAACAAGGUACAAGUCCAUAAUCUUCAAGACGCCGCUGGAAAUACAAUGUAACACCAAUGAAAGUGAUAUACGGAUGGAAUGGUACAAAAAUGGUGUAAAUAUUACAGCCCUGAAGGAUAACAGAAUCAACAUACAGAAUAACAGACUUGUCAUACUGGACCCGCAGGACGAAGAUGUGGGCAAUUAUACUUGUAAAGCAGUAUCCACUAAAAUAAAUGAAACAAUUGGAAAGAGAGAUAUUGAAGUAAUUGUGAAGCUUCACGUAGGAAUGCAGAAGGAUGUUACUGUGGUGGAAGGAGAGAAGCUGAAACUGGAGUGUGUAGUGCUUGGCAAACCGUCUCCAGAAGUUUCUUGGACAUUUGGUAAUGAAACUUACUACAGAAGUCGUGACCGCGUAGUGCUUCAAGAACAUAAUGGUGUUCCCAAUGCAUUGUUUGUUAUCAAGGAAGCAAAAAUGGAGGACCGUGGAUUGUAUAGUUGCACUGCAACACUUGCUAAUAAUUCUACAGCUGUUGCAACUGCAUAUGUUAGAGUUAAGGAUAAGCUAGCUGCUCUUUGGCCUUUCCUUGGCAUAUGUGCUGAAGUGUUUGUCCUCUGUGGCAUUAUCUUGAUUUAUGAGAAGAAACGCAACAAGACAGAGUUGGAAGAAAGUGACACAGAUAACAGUCCUGAAACGAAGAACACACCUGACCAUGGCAAAGAUUCCGUUAGACAGAGGAAGUGAAUGCCAAGUGGCUGCUGUAAAUUGGGGGGAAAAAUAAAAUAAACUGUUGGCUUCUUUGUUAAUUUUUUAACUUGAAAAAAAGAAGAAUGUUUUGAUGAUCACCAAGUUUUUAGUAAAAAAUAGGGUAGCCAUAAAAAUGCAUGUUUUGACACUAGAUCAUCUCCCUCCCCUCAGUAUGCAGAAGAAUGUGAGACAAAGAAAUGCAGGGGUAAGACAGUCCUUUGUUUUGUAUGAAUGGACAACUGCAUAUUUAUACUUCCAGAUAACCCAACAAAGUGUGAGGAUGAUUUUCUGUUGGGGGAGGGAAAUGUACCAGGUACUGUUGAUAGUGCACCAAUAUAAACAAUUCUUAAGCGUGGUUCUAAUUGCAUGAGAUUUCCGGUUCUCACAGCAGCUAACUAUGAAGGUUAUUGACUUGCGUGUGAUGAUGUGUAGUAGACUCGCCAACAUUUUGGAGGACCUUGCUGCCUCCAUCUUCGAGGUAGAAGCCACUCUUCUGCCCUGAAAGCGAAAGCAGCAGCAGGGUCCUCCAGAAUGUUGGUAAUGGUCUGUCAGACUGUACAUCGUGACAUCGCAGAAGACGUUAACGUUCAUAAUCACUGAUGACACGAGAACCUCAGAUCUUAACAUGGUUCUUGUUGAGAGUAAUUGGUAGGAAGAUACACCAAGACAUUAUAUUCUCAUUGUUUUAAUUAUAAUAUCCUCCCCCCUUUUUCUACAGGCAGAAUAUUACCUUCCCUUCUUCCCUCUCCUUCCCUCUGUCAAUAUUGUGACUGUGGUUUUGCUGUUGUUUCUUGUAUGAUUUGUGUGUGCACAUAGGCAUAAAUAAUCUCAUUUGUUCUGCCAAUAGACCUUGCAAUGCUCUUAUUGGUUGUGGUUCUGUUGUUGGUGCCUCACACAUAUCCAUUUUGGCACAUUUUCAUAUUGUAAUUAUGUAAUAUAGUCACUGUAGCAUAUGUGAGGGAGAGUUGUUGUAAAUGAGAAAGCUAGAACACUGUUUGAAUGUUUCAAAGGGUCAGGAGCUCGGUAUAAUUACUUAUCUGUUCAAAUGUUAUUUCCAAAGCAUCGCUAAUUUGUGUUUGUAUGGUUGUUGUUGGGGGUAAGCAUUGCAGAACGCAUGUGUGUAGACUGCUCACCAUAUCACUGUAUUCUGAUACCAUGUAACUACACAUUUAAUUUUGUUAGACUAUACAUAUGUGCUACCUCAGAUAUGUGGUUUGCAUUCAACUUCAUUUUUAUUAGAAAUUACAUUUCUGUGGUUUGUGGAAUUAUAGCAGAUUUUUAGUGUAAAAUUCCUUAAAAAUGCAGAUGCAUGGUAUUAGUAUUUGUAUGAGCUGUGCACAGAAACCAGGACCCAUAUAUGAUUGAUUUUCCCUAACAUGACGCUUUUACACGUCCAUUGCCAGCACAGUUUACUCACACACCAUUUGAGAAAUCAGUCAGAAGUUUUGGUCCAAGCCUUGUGACAUGCUGAAAGCCAAUUUUCAAAAUGGAAGGACUGAUUUCUGUGCCAACUACAAAUUAUUCUUUCAACCAUUUAUGUGUUGCCUAAAUUUUGAUUAAGGCAGAAUUUUUAUUUGAUAUUAAACAUUUGUAAUAUAGAACUCAGUUUUUCUGUAUAAAGCUGGGACUAACUAUAUUCUGUGUGUGUAAGACUUUCUGCCAAUAGUGAUAUGACAUUAUCAACACACUUUCUGUAUUGUGGGUCCAGUUAGUCAUAACGACAAAACAUAGCAGCAUGAAACUUGUAGACCUGCAUGUAUUACAGCUUACUGCUAGGUAAGAAGGGUGUAUGGACAUAAUAUUGAAGUAGAGUGUGUUCUAACAAGAAUAAUGUGUGCAAAUAAUUAAUUUGGAAGAUAAGGCAGGUAAGGUAGUUACAAAGGCAAAGAGUUAGGUCGAUGUAGAAGGUUGGGCUCCCGACAGAGCAUGUAUUAGGAAAGGUGGGUCCUUCAGCAGAAGCUUUAAACCUGAAUGCAUCCAGCUGUGAGAGACUCCAUAGAUUGAAUACAGAUUUUUCUUUUUUAUUAAUGAAAAUUAAAUUGCUGUUGUGCUUUUUAAUGAGAAUGUCCUGAUUUAAAUGAGUAGCCUGCAAAGAGUAUGGUGAAGAAACUGAACAGUAGCCUUGAACACUGUUGAUGCAGUUGACUCCAGUAUAUAACUCAGUGUGCGAUGGGUUGGAAUGUAUGCUGAGUUUGAAUACAGUAUGUUUGUCUCUCAGCCUGCUGCAUAUAUCUGGUCUGCCUAGGCAGAAGAGUCUACCCAGACAAUCGAAACUGCAACUGCCAGCAGUAUAGACAAGCCUAUAGGUCAACAGAUCAAAAGUGGUACAUAACACAGGUCACAGCAGAUGCUGGAAAUGUUCCCUGUCAUGCAUUCCUGCCAUAUCCGUAAGAAGUUCACAUUCAUGCAUUGUAGCUUCUUUUCAGAAACAGAGCAUACUUGAACCCUUUGUCUCUUGUGCAAGGUGUCUGAUGGAUACCCCAGGGGUUUCAUGAUUGAAAUGUUCUCCCUCUCUGAAAAGGAAUCUGAACA